GAUGUCGCAGAGGACAGGCGAGAUUUGCGUCAUCAGCUUGAGGGACCGCGAUUGAGCAAGCCGCGCGGCUCCCGGAGAAUCCGCGCCGUUCACUAGUGUGAGGGGAGAAAAAAGAAGCUGCGGCCAAAACGAAAAGAAUUGGAUGUCCAGCUCUGCGGCGACAACAAUGGGCGACGUAGCGGCUUUAACGUUGUGAUCGCCCCCCCCCCCCCCCGACCCCGGCGGCCUCUUCAACAAGCUCCUUUUCUCCGCCUCACCGAAUCCAAGCCUACCUUCAGAGUCAAGAUGGCGGCGGUGGUCCAGAUGCACUUCACCACGGCAGACUACGUCAUCUUCGCGUUGCUGCUGGUGGCCUCGGCCGGCAUCGGCUUGUAUUACGCCUUCUCCGGCGGGCGCCAGCGGACCACGCAGGAGUUCCUGAUGGCCGACCGCUCCAUGAGCUGGCUUCCCGUGUCUCUGUCGCUGCUGGCCACGUUCCAGUCGGCCGUGGCCAUUCUGGGCGCGCCGGCGGAAAUCUACACCUUCGGGACGCAGUACUGGUUCCUGGGCUGCUCCUACUUCUUGGGCCUUCUCAUCCCAGCUCACGUCUUCAUCCCGGUCUUCUACAGGCUGCGCCUUUCCAGCGCCUACGAGUAUCUGGAGCUGCGCUUUAACAAGACCGUCCGCAUCUGUGGGACUGUGACCUUCAUCUUCCAGAUGGUCAUUUAUAUGGGGGUGGUCCUUUAUGCUCCGGCGUUGGCACUGAACGCGGUGACAGGUUUUGACUUAUGGGGAGCCGUGUUUGCCAUGGGACUGGUGUGCACUCUCUAUACCUGUCUGGGGGGCCUAAAGGCGGUGAUGUGGACCGACGUCUUCCAGACCGUGGUCAUGUUUGCGGGGCAGCUGGCGGUGAUUAUCGUCGGGGCGCACCAGGCGGGGGGGAUUUCAGAGGUGUGGAGGAAAGCCGUGAACGGCAGCCGCAUCGCCGGACUCGACCUCAACCCGGAUCCUUUGGAGCGCCACACCUUCUGGACGUUGGGCGUCGGCGGAAUCUUCCUGAUGCUGGCGCUGUACGGGGUCAACCAGGCCCAAGUCCAGCGCUACCUCAGUUCCCGCACCGAGAAAGAGGCCAUCAUGUCGUGCUACGUGGUUUUCCCCUGCCAGCAGAUCGUCCUGUGUUUGGGUUGUUUGAUGGGGCUGGUCAUGUUUGCUCGCUACGGAGAGGACAGCCCUCUGGAGAAGGGCUACGUCCAAACAAACGAUCAGAUGGUGUUGUACUUUGUGAUGGACGUCUUCAAGGACCUGCCCGGCCUGGCCGGCCUGUUUGUGGCCUGCCUCUUCAGCGGCGCGCUCAGCACCAUCUCUUCAGCGUUCAACUCCCUGGCGACAGUAACCAUGGAGGACCUCAUCAAACCUCACUUUCCCGACAUGGCCGAGUCCAAAGCCACGCUGCUCUCCAAAGGACUCGCGCUGGCCUACGGCUUGGUCUGUCUGGCGAUGGCCUACCUGGCUUCCGUCAUGGGAUCCGUGCUGCAGGCGGCCUUGAGCAUCUUUGGGAUGGUGGGCGGCCCCCUGCUCGGCCUUUUUUCCCUGGGAAUGUUCUUCCCGUGGGCCAACUCCAUCGGGGCGCUGGUGGGCUUAGCGACGGGCCUGGCCAUGGCUUUCUGGGUGGGCAUCGGCAGUUUUGUCCUGCGCAUGCCCGCUUCGAGCGCCGCGUCACCGCUGGCGAGCGUCACGCCGCCCCCUUUUGAGAACGUGACCGCGACGCUCGCCAGCGCCUUGGUCAACGCCACAACUAAACCGAGGCCGACGGGCGUGGACGCACUCUAUUCGUUGUCCUACAUGUGGUACAGCGCUCACAAUUCGGCCACCGUGGUCGCGGUGGGCCUGCUUGUCAGCCUGCUCACGGGACCGAUGAAGGAGAAGCAACUGAGGCCGGGAACCGUGUACCCGGUCCUGGGGAAUCUGCUCUUCUUUCUGCCUCAACGCUACAAGGAGAAACUGUGCUGCGUCACUCCUCUGGCGCCAAAGUCCAACGAAGUCGGCGCGCGGCCUUACGAGAGGGCCAAGAAAGGCGCCAACGGAGCGGCUUACCGCAAAGAGGACGCGCUCACCGAGGAGAAAGAAAUGGAGAGCGACGGCGCGCCGGCGGAAGACGACGAACGCGGGGCGGCGCUGCCCGCGUGCAAGCUGAGCGCUCGCCGCGCCGAGGAGACGGCCCUCUAAAACCGGCCUUCGCACGCGCUUUCCCUCGACACGAAAGCCAAAAGAAGCCCGUGGCGAGGGACGCGCGCAGACGAGCUUGGGCAUGGCAAUAAUUAAGCUAACGCGCUCCGACAUCUGAUGUGGGAGACUAGCGCUACUUUCAAACUGGUGAACUUUUUUUUUCAUUGUUGUUGUUGUCGUUUUAAGUCUUGAAAGGUAACACUACGAAGCGGCGCCUUCCGGGAGUUGACAGUGGCCAGAACGUCGGUUCUUGUGCGUAGCCAAAAGGAGCGCGAGUUGCUCUUGGGACUUGCGCUGGAGAAAUGUCCCAUUUAGCGUCCGAGAGUUGGAAAAUGGCCGCCCUCAACUCCCGCCCCACUUGAAUGCGCGCGGCGGUUUACUCUCCGUGAUCUUUAGCCGCUCGUUCGCCGUUUCAUUCGCCUUCGCGCUGGCCUACCGCAAAGUUGAAAUUGGCUCCUUUCCCGUCAUCGCGCUCGCUCGUCGGCGUUUUACGACGACGGGGACCCGAGUCCAAUUUUAAACACGGCGGCCCCCGAACAAAGACCUGCUCCAAACCUGUCUUGGAGACCGUCUUUGCCACUAUGUGACUCAUUGUAAUCAUGUCGCUCUUUCUUUCGUCUUUACUGUCGCUUGAGUACAGGCGGGGUAAUUUCAAAGAAUUCUUGGCCGUCCCAUCGUCCACUCACCCAUCCGUUGUCCUCGUCUGAAAUGAGAGUUUCAUCAGCGCGUGAUAAAACUCCACACGGCCAUCUUUGGUCACGCGGCUUCCGAGGGUUUGUUUCGAGACUGCCGUCUGAAAAGGAUGAAAAACAUUUCCCAACGGAAUUUGAAAGUCUCAGUGACGCGCUGCUCUGAAGAGAUUUCCCCCCCCCCCCCACAAAAAAGCACAGUUCAGACAAUCAAGGGGUGUAGCAGCUUUGAGCACAUGUCAUUGAUUUUUUGCUGAGGAUUUGACUCCGGCUUGCUGCCGAGACCGUUUGGGGCCAAGCAAAUGUUUGUUGUGUCCUUCCGAAAUACCUCAAUCUUUGUCCAAAGCAUAUAGAAUACAACGCUCGCCUCUUUUCCUAUCCAUUUGAGAUCACACGUGUCCAUUUUUUGGAUCAUUUCCACACAUUUCAAGAGUCGAAAUGUGAUGUGGAAUUCUAUAUGCAAAAUGAUCCUUCUAUUGUAUCUUUUUUUUUCUUUCCUCUGGUGGCUGAAUUGGCAAUGCAGAGCGUUAAAACAACAGCCGGCGCGGUGGCGUUCAUCUUUUCCACUUGUGGUUGUUACUUUAGGUUUAAGGGUUUCGUCCAGACAAUGGUCUUUUUUUUUUUUUUAGCAGCCAAAAACUCUUACCUGGCUGAGAGUCGCUUCAGCCUUCAUCCGAGCUGUCACUGCCUUCCCGGCGACGUGCCUGAAAAACACCCCCCCCCCCAAAAAAAGAAAGAAAAAAAAACCUGUCUGGGGGAAAAAAAGAAACUUUGAACCUAAUAAACCGCCGCUUGUUUUGACGGUGCUCCAUGGCCCAUUCAGGCGACCGCCUUUGCGUUUUAAUGUAAUGACUCGAGAUCGCGUCCGUCUCUGUGAUGAAUGUUUCUAUUUUUGAACAAUCUUUCAUGUAACCUGAAAUUACUUGAAGUGUGUGUGUGCCUGUAAGGUCACCUUAAGUGACGUGUGCCUCGAUUGCCCUUUGACACUGUGAGGAGAGCAAAACUGGAGUCCUGACAUUUGGUCCAUCUUCUUUGUAUGAUGAUUAUUAUUAUUUUUUUUUAAGAUUCUUGAGUGCGCAAUCGAAAACCCGAAAGCGGGUGAGAAAGCGGCGGAUGCCGUCGACGGUCCAAUGCCGGCUCGCGCUCAAUUACAGGCAGGCAGGGCUGCACAAAAAUUACACUUUGUGCAAGGAAAUCACGACACUUAGUAAUUUCUGCCGGGAAUAAAUAUUGUGGAUGGCAAUAUUUAUUCUUCUUUGUGUCCCAUCUCAUCUCACGAGCGUUCUCACUUGAUAAUUCCAAAAAAAAAAGAAGCGAGUUGACGUCGAGCCGAUUCCUCAGUUUCGGAUGUGCCUUUAUUUUGUUGUAACAUCUCAUUUGUUGUACGCGCGGGAUCUUGCCGUGGAGAAAUUGACGUCAAGCUCAUUCCCGUCGGCGAUGAGGAACCAUGACAACCUCUCCAUUGAUUUUAGUCUCGAUUGACGUUGCGCUCGUCGUCCGAUGUAUGCUACGAGAGAUUUGACCGAUUCCAAUUGUGAUAUUAAAGUGAUUUUAAGGUCCACGA